UUCCCACAAAACAAGGCGGAUGGGUAGACCCUCCUGGUCGGGGAAGGCAUGUAACCAACAGUGAAAUAUGAGCUUGUUUUCCUAUCACUUACUGUGGAGCAUUAUAUACUAAUAUCUCGUCUAAGGAGAAGGCUCCCCGGGUCGGGUUGUGUUUGUUUAACCCAGGGGCAAGGUUUCACUCGAUUCAAGACAGGGGUUGGAACCAAUUAGUCGAUUAAAAGAUAACUCGUGCAGAUUUCCACGUUCUUCGGUUUCGCUAAUUUUUUGGUAACAAUCACACAUUGUAAACAAUUUACGUUACUAUACAAACUAGUACAUGUAGGUAUACAGACUCCGGGUGGAAGUUGUAUUUGCUGAAAAGCCAACGUUGUUUGUAUCGAGCAGGGAAGAAACAGUAAAGUCGUGCAUAUACGUAAUUUGAUUUUGAAAAUAAGUUUGCAAGUAUUUGUGGAAAACCUCAGGAAUUAGGAAGAUUUUGAUCAGGCUGAGUGGAUACUAUUUGUUGACGACACUGUUGCUUGAGAGGUGGAAGGGCACUGUCGAGGAGCGAGUGAGGCCUGUGUCGGGGGAAUGUUCUCAGCGCCACCGUUCCUGCAGGGGCCGCGCUCCUCAUCCUUCCUCAUCCGAGAUAUCCUCGGAGCCCAGGACGCCCUGGCUGCCGCCGCCGACAGAUACAGCACGUUCGAGCAGACGCUCGCCACCCCUGGUUACCAGCCGGCCUCGGUGGCCCAGCAGGCGAACCCCUACCCCGCAACCAAGGAGCUUGGAUACUACUCCACCGCCUUCGGAUAUCAGGACCUGAAGAGAGGGUACUCGAUUGAAAAUAUUUUGGAUACAAACACUUCCAAAGAUAAUGGAAUAGCGAUACCGAUUCCACUUCCUGUUUACAUUCGUACCAGAUCGCCAUUAGGAUCGGAACACUUCGGAAAGCCGAAACGGUGUCGCCGAAGUCGUACGGUGUUUACCGAUCUCCAACUGAUGGCUCUGGAAAAGAGGUUCGAGACUCAGAAGUACCUCUCUACUCCCGACCGGAUAGAAGUCGCCGAGGGGCUGGGUCUUACCCAGCUUCAGGUGAAAACAUGGUACCAGAACAGACGUAUGAAGUGGAAGAAACAGGUACUGCAAUGCGGCAACACUGAGUCGCCGACCAAGCCCAAGGGUCGACCCAGGAAGGAGACAUUCAGUGUGAGCUCCACGUGCAGUGCAGACACGACGUGUGAUGACGUCAUAACAGCCGAUGAAGUCAACUAUGAAUCACGAGUUAAAUACCACAGUGAAGACAGACAAAGUGUUAACAAUAGUGGUACCAUGAACAUAAGAAUCCCCCCUGGAAAUGAAGUUCCUGUGGGCAACCCUGCACCACACUCAUGUUGUUAGUACUCAUUUAAUACAACUUCAAGAAAGAGACGCUGGAUGAUGUGCUGCAAUAUUAUGUCCAUCUAUCACUUUUCCGAGGGCACAGCACGUCAGAACAACGACACAUUGACGUUGGUUUCAGCCGUGGGUUUAAUGUCUGAAUCCAUAGUUUGACAAAAAAUCGACAUCAGAAAUAAGUUGGUUUUUCAUUUCGAAUUUUACAGAAUUUUGUUAUUACACACUGUAUGAGAUACGUGAUUGUUAUCAAGAUAUUCUGCUAUAUAAGUACGGUAAUUGAAACAAUGACGAACACAUUGUAUAUUAACUGAUGCUAAUAAUAGACGUAUUCAAAACUUCAAAUGAUUGUAACGUACUACCAGUUGUAACCUUUUUUUUCUGAAGAAAAAAAAAUUAUAGCAAUUUCUUGAAUGGAACGUCGCGACUUCAACCUCACUAGUGUGUAAGUGUGACGUGAGUGUGACGUCAGGUGCUCAUCCUUAUGCCAUGAAUAUGUGUUUCGUUGGUGCAAACUGAUAGGACAAUCCAUGUACUUGUAAAGUAUUUAAUUCUUUGUCUAGGUCUACGAACAAGCUGUUUGUUUUUGAUAGUUUGUGCGAAAAAGACGUACAUGUUGAAUUUGAAAUGAGUUGUGUUCCUACAAAGUAAUAUGUUUCCCUGAAUCAAUGUUCGCCAUAUAAACUCGCACAACUUGCCACUAUUGUAUAUGGUGUUGCAAAGGCACGGGGAGUGGUGCCGUAUACCCUGUGUUUUGACGAGAUGGCUGGAUUUUGGAAUAAAUAUUCAAAUAUUUAUAUAUGAACUAUUUUACGUUUUAAAUACCUUUGCUUAUGAAAUGAAUGAUGGAACCCUG